UCUCCUGUCAAAAGAGUAAGCCCUCCGCACAUCUCAGCGGAGCUAGUUGUCCGAGCCUCAGUUUUCUCUUUGUUACGCUCAGCCUCUCACUCGAGCGCACAUUUCUGACCAAGGUGUCCGAGUCUGCGUACGCGCCUGGGCUCCCCGGCCAUCGCCCUAUGUGCUGACUGCCCUCUCUGCUGUGUAGCGUUUGAGGGAAUUUGGGGGAAGGAAAAGGACUGGGUGGCCUGAAGUGGAGAUCAAGAGGGACUCUGAAGCUCCUAGAGGGCUCGGCUGACGUGAUGUCCACUGGCUCAGUGAGCGACCCUGAGGAGCUGCCUGACAUGGAGCUGCGUGGGCUGCAGCUGCCGUAUCCACCCACGACAUCCUCCAAGAGGCAGCCUCGCCGAGGACGCAGCAGCAGCGAACUUUACCCCUCUGCGGACAAUACGUCUGCAGAAGAGGACGAAGAUGAGGACGUAGAGGAGGAAACUUGCACCCUGGGAGCACCCCGCGCGGCUAGCGGCAGUUGCAAGAGGAAACGGACUCGGGGAGCUGCCGGGAGCAGUGGCGGAGGCUGCAAUAGCAGCAGCAGCGGGGGCGGGAGCAACUGCCCCAAGAAGUCUCUGCUACCCAAGGGCUCAUCUGCUGAAUGCAAGCAAUCUCAAAGAAACGCGGCCAAUGCCAGAGAAAGAGCAAGGAUGAGAGUGUUGAGCAAAGCCUUUUCCAGGCUUAAGACCAGCUUGCCUUGGGUACCCCCUGACACUAAACUUUCCAAACUGGAUACACUCAGACUGGCCUCCAGCUAUAUAGCGCAUCUCCGGCAACUGCUGCAGGAAGACAGAUACGAGAACGGCUACGUGCAUCCAGUGAAUCUGACUUGGCCAUUCGUGGUUUCAGGAAGACCAGACGCUGACACCAAAGAUGUUUCAACAGCCAGCAGAUUAUGUGGAACUACAGCUUAAAUCGAGGGACUGACUAAUCAAUUUAAUUGGAUUACUCUUUAGACACUUGUUCUGGGAGGGAGGGAAUGGGGACGAAAAUGGUAACAAUAAGCUCCCUUUUUCUAAGUUAAAGAAUGAUUUUUUCCCUCCUUCAACCAGAGAAUUUGAGAUAUGUGGUGAUAUUUCUAGGAAGGUCAGGGAGGUAACACCCACAGGAUAGAACUAGACAGGAGUUACAUUCGACUUUCUCUGAAUAACCUAAAAGAACUACAGUUCUGGACUGCAAUAACCCAUAUCUCCUGGAACAUUAUCAGUAUUACUCCUCCCAAGAAUUUGUCAUAAAAUGGUUUUAAAGCAUUGCAGGAAUAUGCUCUAUUUUGUAACUAGCAGGUAGGAAUAAAAAUCAAGGCUCAAUGUUUGUCUAUAAAAUCACCGACAACAGUGUUAUUUGCACAUCAGUGCCAAACAAUAUUAUAAUAUAAUGUCAUUUAAAAGCAAAAAAAAUAUUGAUAAUAUAUUUGGUUGAUACCUCUUGAGAGCUUCUAUCCUUUGUGGUAGUGAUGCAAUAUGUGCAGCUAUGUUUUUUACUGUCUUUUAAAGGACAAUCAUCCAUGGAAUGCAUACGUGUUCUCUAUUAGUUCCCCCCAGUAUGGCUAGGACAGUUUUUUGUUUUUUUUUUUUUUUUAACAUUUCCAGUUUCUGCACUGAAUUUUACAUAUUAUACAUACAGAAGUAGAUCCUAGCCCUAACAACAUCCUUUCCUCCCCUAAGGACCCAAAGGAUUUCAAGCUGAAGGAGACCUUAGAUAUUAGACAACCCUCUCAUUUUACAGUAGAGGAAGCAGAGAAAGAAAAAAGUGGAGUGAUUUGGUCAAAGAAUCAUUGAGGGAUUAGGCCCAAAUCCUCAGAUAGCAAAUUGCACAGUUUUCAGGGCACUGUCCCAUAGGCCCUGUGAUUAAUUUCUAAAAGGAAAUAAUUUCUUUCUUUAAAGAAAGGGGUUUAGAGCCAAUACUUCCUCUGGUAAAAUUCAAUGCUUGGUUUUAACUCUGAUCUAAUCCAGAGAAAAGAACUUUACAAACAAUAUAAAACACUUUCGGUGGCCUGGGAAGAAUGGUUGGGUUUGUUUACAUUAUUACAAUCAAGUUUUUGUCAUUUUGCUUUUGGGCUGAUAUUCUGCUGUAAGGAGAAGUUGCCCUCAUAAUGACUGGUAAAUGUAAAUAACUUUAUUUUUUUAUGUGUAACAUUAAAAUUAUCAUUACAAGGAGCCAUCCCCCAAGGGGCACCCCAGUGUCUUCUUUCCUGCACCACACUAAAAGGGAGUAUAUAUAAAAUUCAAUUGAAAUUAUCUUUUCCUUAAGUGUAUAUUCUCUCACAUAAUUGUCAAUAGAAUGAAGAUUGUGCCUCCUCCUCUCUAGCCCUUAAUUCCCUUCCCCAAAUGUUGGUGGUCAUAGAUGAGCAAAUCCAUUCCAAAGCUAUUGUUAAUAGAAUAUAUGUCUUUGGGGGCCACUUACGGGGGGGACACC